AUGGCCGUCGCCUACCUGCUGGGCAACGGCUCCGCGCCGCUGCUCGCCGGCGCCCUGGAGGGGCCCUUCGCCGCCAACGCCUCGGCCGCCGCCUGCCGCCCCGCCGCGCCGCCCUGCGCGGCCGCGCCGCCGGGCGCCUGGGGCAACGGCUCGGCGGCGGCGGGCUGGGACCGCUCCGCGCCCUGCGGCGGCGGCAACGGCAGCGCGGGCGGCGGCGGGCCCUGCGCGCCCGCGGCGGGCGGCCCCUCCGUGGUCACGGCCAUCGCCAUCAUGGCCCUCUACUCCGUCGUCUGCGUGGUGGGGCUGUUCGGCAACUUCUUGGUCAUGUAUGUCAUCAUCCGGUACACGAAAAUGAAGACUGCCACCAAUAUCUAUAUUUUCAAUCUUGCAUUGGCAGAUGCUCUAGCAACAAGUACUCUGCCAUUCCAGAGUGUGAAUUACUUGAUGGGAACAUGGCCAUUUGGUACAAUACUUUGUAAGAUCGUUAUAUCCAUAGACUACUACAAUAUGUUCACCAGUAUCUUUACACUCUGCACCAUGAGCGUGGAUCGCUAUGUAGCUGUUUGCCACCCAGUCAAGGCACUUGAUUUCCGUACUCCCAGAAAUGCUAAAAUUGUCAAUGUCUGCAAUUGGAUUCUUUCUUCUGCUAUUGGCCUACCAGUUAUGUUCAUGGCAACUACUAAAUACAGGCAAGGCUCUAUUGACUGCACACUUACAUUCUCCCAUCCUGCUUGGUAUUGGGAGAACCUCCUGAAAAUCUGUGUAUUCAUCUUUGCCUUCAUCAUGCCAGUCCUGAUCAUUACCGUAUGCUACGGGCUGAUGAUUUUACGCCUAAAGAGUGUUCGCAUGUUAUCUGGCUCCAAAGAGAAGGACAGGAACCUGCGGAGAAUCACAAGAAUGGUUCUGGUGGUGGUGGCAGUGUUUAUCGUGUGCUGGACUCCCAUCCACAUUUAUGUCAUCAUUAAAGCCCUGAUCAACAUUCCAGAAACUACUUUCCAAACUGUCUCCUGGCACUUCUGUAUUGCUCUAGGGUACACAAAUAGCUGCCUUAAUCCAGUCCUGUAUGCAUUUCUAGAUGAGAAUUUCAAAAGAUGUUUCAGAGAGUUCUGCAUUCCCACUUCCUCCACCAUUGAGCAACAAAACUCUACUCGAGUCCGACAAAACACUCGUGACCAUGCUUCCACUGCCAACACUGUGGACAGGACUAACCAUCAGUUGGAACUUCAAGAAGCUGAAACUGCUCCACUGCCGUGA